UUCAAACUUUUAACAAACAAACAAAAUUAGAAUUGUGGGCUUUACAAGAAAAAUAAUUGUAAAAAUGUCGCUGACCUCAAGGGUUACCCUGGGCGUGGCGGUGACCGUUUCCAGCGCCAUAAUAGGUUAUGUGCAUUAUAAACAAUCCGAAGACCGUCUCAAACUUCACGAGGGUGUUAUACGCGAUGUGGAGCAGCAGCAGAGGCGUAAACAUGAAAACAGAUAUACGCUGCAGCAACAAAUUGAUAUGACAAAGCAACUGAAGGCACUGGAGGCUUCUUCGGCGUCACCAGAGCCGCAGGCACAGUCGUCUCCGGCAGAAUCGCAGCCGGCGCAGGUGGAGAAACAGCCCAAGAGUCCUGCAUCAAAUCUUAAAGCUCAUCCCGCCGCUCAGGAAGCGCCACCCAGCCAGCCCACAGAUUGAGUUAAAAAUUCUAUAUAGUCCAAAAUUUUGCAUACGAUUAAGUACAUACAGUGCAGUAAGAGAAACGGAAUACACACCA